UAUCUCGCUCCUCAGCGCUUUGUAUGGGUUGAACCCUAAAGACAUGCGGCGUGGAAAAAAAGCUGGUCGGUGUCAAUAAGACGAUCUGAGCAGCUUGUUGACCUUGGGUCUCUCGUUGUGGUGAAGAAUCGCAUGCAAGGCAAGAUGGAUAGACUCGUGGACUUGCAGAUUGGACUGGGCGCCGCGCCCGAAUGCUUCUAUCGCUUCUCUUGCUACGAUCGUAUCUAACAUCCGCCUCUCGAACAGUCCAGCAAGUGUGCAUUCCUCAGGCUAUCCUCGGUACCGAUGUGGUCUGCCAGGCCAAGUCCGGUCUUGGUAAGACUGCAGUCUUCGUUCUGGCCACCCUGCAGCAGCUCGAGCCAGUCGCCGGCGAAACCUCAGUGUUGGUUAUGUGCCAUACUCGCGAACUUGCAUACCAGAUCAAGAACGAAUAUGCUCGCUUCACCAAGUACCUUCCCGAGGUCAAGAUUGCCGUCUUCUACGGAGGUGUCAACAUGCAGAAGGACAUCGACAUCAUCAAGAACAAGGAUACCCAUCCUCACAUUGUCGUUGCCACGCCUGGAAGACUCAACGCUCUCGUGCGCGACAAGCACCUUCGCUUGGGAAACAUCAAGCAAUUUGUCCUCGACGAGUGUGACAAGAUGCUUGAUCAGAUUGAUAUGCGUCGCGACGUUCAGGAGAUAUUCCGUGCGACGCCAACUCAGAAGCAGGUCAUGAUGUUCAGCGCCACCCUGUCCCAGGAGACUAGGCCCGUCUGCAAGAAGUUCAUGCAGAACCCUCUCGAGAUCUAUGUCGACGAUGACACGAAGCUGACCCUUCACGGCUUGCAGCAAUACUAUGUCAAGCUGUCGGAGAGUGAGAAGAACCGUAAGCUCAACGAACUUCUUGACACUCUCGAGUUCAACCAGGUCAUCAUCUUUGUCAAGAGCACGAUUCGUGCCACUGAGCUGGACAAGCUCCUGAGAGAGUGCAACUUCCCCAGCAUUGCUGUCCACUCGGGCGUACCCCAGGAGGAGCGGAUCAAGCGAUACAAGGAAUUCAAGGAGUUCAACAAGCGUAUCUGUGUUUCUACCGAUGUGUUUGGACGAGGUAUCGACAUUGAGCGUAUCAACCUGGCGAUCAACUACGACUUGCCAGACAACGCUGACUCAUACCUCCACCGGGUCGGACGUGCAGGACGAUUCGGUACCAAGGGUCUAUCAAUCUCGUUCGUCAGCAGCGCAGAGGACCAAGAGGUGUUGAAGUCUGUUGAGAAGCGGUUUGAGGUUGCACUUCCCGAGUUUCCCGAGGCCGGUAUUGAUGCCAGCACGUACAUGGCCUCAUAAACGCGGCAAGAUGACGCGACGACAGAGGCGUGAGCAAGAUACAAAAAG